CUUUACAAUCAUCAUGAGUCUCCAAGUAGGAUUUUCGGCUCAUUCAAAAGAACUCAAGAACGCAUACGAGCAAGUCAUUGACAACAACAGUUCCGUCAACUGGCUCAUAUACACCUAUGACAAAGGCACUAAUGAUCUGAAAGUUCAAGCAACCGGUGAAGAUGGCCUCGAAGAACUCAGUGAGGAAUUCAUCGACGGAAGAAUCCAGUAUGCACUUGCACGAGUGAAGGACCCUAACACCGAGCUGCCAAAGCUUGUUUUCAUUGCUUGGUGUGGUACUGGUGUGCCCGAAUCACGCAAAGGUCUUUUCAACUCGCACUUGAACGACGUUUCAAAGUUCUUCAAGUCUUUCCAUAUUCAAAUCAACGCUAGAAAUGAAGGCGACGUGGACCCCGAGGCUAUCAUGAAGCGUGUCUCGGCAUCUUCGGGGGCAAACUAUAGUUUCCAUAAGGAAACCCGACGAGCUGAACCUGCUAUUGUUCCUGUGAAUUCGGUCUACAAGAGAACCGAAAUCCCAGACAUCGCUACUAUGCAACGUCAGACCAUGAAGAGCGAACCGGCCCCCGCUCCUGUUAACUCGGUCCAUGAACCUGUUCGCACCAAUCCUGGAAAGUUAGCUGAUCGAUGGGGUAGUUCACAGGAGAGUGAUCAAAGCAAGGCUGAUCAAGUCCGUGCUGAACGUGAGAGAGCUGAACAAGAGGCGCAGGAACGCGAGCAAGCCAUGGCAGCAGAGCGCGAACAGAGAGCCCGUGAAGAGGCUGCGAGACAGGAAGAACGAUCCAGAGCUUACCAAGCGCAACAAGACCAAGACUCUCAGAGACAGCAACAACAGCGUGAAGAGGAAGAACGUCGACGACAAGAAGAAGAGCAUCAACGCCAGCUGCAACGGGAGGAAGAGGAAGCAGCCCAUCAGCAGCAAGCAGAAGAAGAUGAACGCCAACGUAGACUGGCUGAAGAGCAAGAAGCAGAAAGAGCUCGCCAGCAGCAGGAAGAGGAAGAGCAACACAGACGUCAACUUGAAGAAGAUGAGGCUAGACAACAACAGGAGCAAGCUCAGCUUGAAGCCGAUCUUGCAGCGUCUGCUCAACAUGCAGCUGAAACUGCCGGGCACGCUGCUGAGGUAGCUGUUGAUCCUCACUCAGCCAACGGAAUCUCGGCCGUUGUACUCUUUACUUACGAUGCUUCGGAAGAGAACGAAAUUAGCAUGGUCGAAGGAGAAAUUAUUCACAAUAUUGAACAACUGGAUGAAGGAUGGUGGUCGGGUACAAGUGAAGACGGUAGUCGAUCUGGUCUUUUCCCAUCCAACUAUGUUCAGAUUUUGGAAACUCAGCCUGAGCACGAAGCUCCUGCACAAACCACCCAUGUUCCCGAACCAGUUGAACCGGAAGCUCCGGCAGAACCAGAGGGUCCUUCGGCCGUUGCGCUUUAUGACUACGAUGCUGGUGAAGAAAAUGAAAUCUCCUUUGCAGAAAACCAAGUCAUUCGUGAUAUCCAGUUUGUGUCAGACGAUUGGUGGUCAGGUUUAGCGCCUGAUGGCUCUGCUGUUGGUCUAUUCCCUGCCAACUAUGUUCAACUCCAAGAAUAGUUGCUCGACCGCUUGCUGAUCAAUUUUGCCAUAUGUUAGAUAUCAACCCUGUCUCCCUCUUUUUUUUUCCACUUCAUUGAAUAAAACCCCUUCGGUCCCCCUCUCG